CUCGGUGCGAUCGGCGCGACGCUCCAGCGGGCUGGAGCUGCGGUCACGGAGCCUUCGGCAGACCGCUCUUUGAUGGCCAUGGUAUAAGGAACAUUAUCCCAGGAAUACAGCUUUACACUAGGGAGAUGCGAACAAACGUUUAUUCAUCCCAGAUAGGGCACCAAGGACAGAACAGAGUACGAUUCCACCAAAUUCCAACUUGGAGAACCACACUAAACAAGAUUGGUGAUGAAAUGGAGCCUGGUACAAGCUCUUUUCGAGUAGAGUUUCCAGAUUUUUCCAGCACCAUUCUGCAGAAACUAAACCAGCAACGCCAGCAAGGCCAGUUAUGUGACGUCUCCAUUGUUGUCCAAGGCCACAUAUUCCAUGCACACAAAGCUGUUCUUGCUGCCAGUUCACCCUACUUUUGUGACCAAGUACUCCUGAAAAACAGUAGGAGAAUUGUUUUGCCUGAUGUGAUGAACCCAAGAGUGUUUGAGAACAUUCUCUUAUCUAGCUACACAGGACGCCUUGUGAUGCCUGCUCCAGAAAUUGUUAGUUACUUAACAGCAGCCAGCUUCCUUCAGAUGUGGCAUGUGGUGGACAAGUGCACUGAGGUUCUGGAAGGAAACCCCACAGUCCUGUGUCAGAAGCAGUGUCUUGGCAGUGACCACCAGUCUCCCAGUAGCAGUAACUACAACAGCCUGGUAGAGAGCUUUGAACUGGGCUCUGGGGGGCAUACUGAUUUCCCCAAGGCCCAGGAACUGAGGGAUGGUGAGAAUGAAGAGGAGAGCACCAAAGAUGAGCUGUCAUCUCAGCUCACUGAGCACGAGUAUUUGCCCAGUAACUCAUCCACAGAGCAUGACCGACUAAGCACUGAGAUGGCAAGCCAGGAUGGGGAGGAAGGGGCCAGCGACAGUGCUGAGUUCCAUUACACCCGGCCUCUAUACAGCAAACCCAGCAUAAUGUCUCACAGGCGCUGGAUCCAUGUGAAGCCUGAGCGCCUAGAACAGACGUGGGAGGGCAUGGAUGUGCAUGCCACAUAUGAUGAGCACCAGGUCACCGAGUCCAUCAAUACCAUGCAGACGGAUCACUUGGUCCAGCCUUCAGACGUGGAGGAGGAGGAGUUCCAAAUCGUGGAGAAGAAAGUGGAAGAGUUUGAUGAGCAAACGGAGGAGAGCAACUAUGAUGAACAGGUGGAUUUCUAUGGCUCCUCCAUGGAGGAGUUUUCUGGAGAAAGAGUGGAUGGGAAUCUAGUUGGGCACAAACAAGAGGUUGUAAGCUACAGUGAGAAUAUUGAAAUGGUGAUGGGGAUAAAAGAGGAAGGGUCCCACUUAGGAUUCUCAGCCACUGACAAGCUGUAUCCUUGUCAGUGUGGGAAAAGCUUCACGCACAAGAGUCAGCGAGAUCGACACAUGAGCAUGCACCUCGGUCUUCGCCCUUAUGGCUGUAGUGUCUGUGGUAAGAAAUUCAAAAUGAAGCACCAUCUCGUGGGCCACAUGAAAAUUCAUACAGGCAUAAAGCCCUAUGAGUGUAAUAUCUGUUCAAAGAGAUUCAUGUGGAGGGACAGUUUCCACAGGCAUGUGACUUCUUGUACCAAGUCCUAUGAAGCUGCAAAGGCUGAGCAGAAUACAACUGAGGCUAACUAAAAAUAGGGUCUGGCCCUUGAGUGGCAUGCACAAAAAUAAACUAUGGUAAUUAAUGCAAAUCUGGGCACAGAUGAUGCGUGCCACUUGCUAUUAUGAGAGAAGCUUAAAAAAAAAAGAUAUUUCUGAAAGACCAGCUCUAAGUAGGCCAAUUAAAAAAUUUAAUUUCUCAAAUUUGUAUGUUCUCAUCCUGGCCUAGAAUGGAUGAUGGGAAUAAGUUCACCCAGUGCCCAGCUGGCAAGAUAGCCCUUCCAGCCAAUAGAGCUGAAGGCAGUGGACUUGGUGGCAGACUAGCCACCAGUUCCACUUAGGUGGCACCAGUUUUCUAGCACUCACUGUCCCCAAGUCGUUGCAUUUUAUUUUCUUCUGGUAGCUACGGGGGUUCUGGGCUUUGCUUUGGUAGUUGCAUCACUGGAUGCUGCUCACCUCAAGGCUACAGUAACCUGGCUCCUGGCUGAGCUGUGAACAGAGCACUUUUGUCGGUUUCAUACCUUCUAAAGGUUCUAGCUAAAAGUCACGUUGUUUGUCUAGUUUCAUACCUUCUAAAGGUUCUAGCUAAAAGUCACGUUGUUUGAUAGGCCUUCUGAGUCUGAAACAGGUGGCGCUGUCAUAGUGCUGCAGGGUUUUUGUUGUUUUUUAAUGUGUGUUGGUGUUUUACCUGCAUGUAUGUUUGUGUGAGGGUGUUGGACCUCCUGGAACAGGAGUUACAGGCAGUUUUGAGCUGCCGUGUGGGUGCUAGGAAUUGAAUCUGUGUUCUCUGAAAGAACAGUCAGUGCUCUUAGCCACUGAACCAUCUCUCCAGCCCCACUGCAGGCUCUUGAUAAGGCAUGAUUUUAUGUUCAGUUCUAAUUGGGUUUGAACCAUUGUGUCUCCUUUUAAGUCUAUGGAUGCCAGAGAUAGAUGUUUCUAGUUGGUGUGUUGCCCUAAGGUCCCUCAUUUAAUGGCAGGAGCCAGCCAGCCUGCAGUGACUCAUCAUGGUACUGGUAGUGUCCUGUGGCUCCCCUGCCUUAGAUCAUGGUGCUUCCCAACAAGGGCAGCCAGAGACCACAGCUCAUGGGACCAAGCCAGAAUGCAUGGCUAAGACUUAACCUGUGAGCAAGGCGUGCUCAGUGUAUGAGAGGCAACAGCUUAUAGACGGAAGGCUUGAAAAAUAGUCCCAAAAUACACUGGUAUGGGGAGUACUGAUUUAGAGGGUACGCUGAGCAAUACUGUCAGCUCUUUGUGAGAGCUGGAAUGUGGGUUCAGAGGGGAAAAGGAGCCCUAUAUUAAGCAACGUCAUCUACAGAUUCAUGUUCUCUAGUCGCAGAGCAAGCUGCACACAUUACAAAGCUCAGUAGCUUACACUCCCAUAGCCCCUACCUCCCAUCCCCACCCUUGGGGCCUGUUCUGCCUGGGGUUAGAUACAUUCAGAAAGCUUUUAAGCAUGUGACAUGCCUGAGGUUUUUACUGGGUAGUAGUCUAGUUUACUUCCUUUUGCUGGGAUCACACACUCCUACCUACAGCAGUUUACAGAGCAUAGGGCUUAUGUCAACUUACAUUGCCAUCAUUGAGGACAGUUAUGGCAGGAAUAUUGACCAUCAAGACUGUGGGCCACAGACAUGCCCACAGGCUGCUCUGAUUUGGCCAGUCCCUCAGUUGAGACUCACUCUUUGUGUGACUCUAGGCUGUGUCAGACAGUAGGCAGGUGGUUGUUCUAUACCAUCUUUCCAUAAAUUUACUGGUCUAUUACUGCUAAGUAGAAACUUUUCCUUAAAAUAAAAAUUAUGUUUCUUAGUUUUGGGGUAAAAUUUUGUACUUAAAGUUUGACUUUCUCUAACGUGACAGACAUUUCUGGCAAGAGCCUCUGAUCCUCAGGCUUUGACACCAAGGGUGCACCUUUGACCUCUGUUCUGUUUGGAAAAAGGAAGGAAAAUACGGACUCGCCAGUAAACGUUUGUGAUCAAGAUAACAAAACAGGGGUCUAUUUACAAGCACUGUAUCAAUCUUGAUAUAUAAACGCACUUUGUGUUAAAACUUUAUUAUUAUAAGUAUAGAUGUAGGUUUUGUUAAGCUAGAAGCUAGGUAUUACCUCCUAGUGGUUUGCUGCAUUCAGAUGAUCUUCCAGUGUCUGCCAGUCGGCAGCAGCCUUCUUUGUACCUGAGAAGCGAAUGGAGGGGAGUGUACAAUCACACUGAACGCACCUCCUCGUCUUCCCACAUGAGAGACUAGUGGGUUAAGAGAGGACCCUAAGCUGGGUGAGGACGAAGUAUUUUUGGCUUCUAAUGUUUCUACACUGAGGCAGUUAAUCUGCUGUCAGUAUUUACGGACCACCCUCUGACUGUUGAGCAGAGCUGUGACCUGUCUCCCAUUGAAAUCUCUAUUCAUAUAAGAACUAGGACCUUUUUGGAGAAGAGCCUGGGGGUAAAAGAAACACCAUGGAACAUGCUGGUCCUUGGGUUGUGCUGAGGCAGUACCCUUGUUGUGAUGGUAACAAAGCUUUUGUUCAGUCGGAGAUGGCAGACCCUGUGAGAAGGUAGGGUGUCCGAGGUCUAGAGGUUAGAGUGAGGCCUCUGACCGGCCUUUCCCGUUAGAGAGGCUUUCCGGCACCCUGCUCUGUUGCAGCACUGUGUCUCCCUCACCACCGCCUCAGGAAAGCCUUACUCUUCCAAAAGAGCUUAAAUAGUCAUGGGCAACAUCUCCAGUGGUUCGGGGACUUCCUCAGUGGCCUGCCAGCAAGGUGUGUGUCUCUACUUUGAGCCUUGACUGGUUUUUCUCCGAAAGGGCUUCCAGGCCCCGCUGGUCGUACUUCACAACCUGCGUGCCCCAUGUAGGCGUCAAGUGAGCUGCAUACUCCAACUCCUCAUGUGCUGGAGUUUGCCCUUAAUCUGUCCUGGGGCCUGGCCGAUGGCCGCCAUCUCUGUGUCUCACCUUCUCCUUUAGGGCAGGCUCUUAAGAACUUGCCCUAAAGGGUCCCUUCCAUUGCAGGAGCCGUUUCCUGAACUACUCGGGCCCUGGG